AUGGCCCAACAUUGUGAAUUACUAGUAAGAAAUAACAACUUGAGUGAUCGUAUCAUCGUCAUACCUGGCAAAGUGGAGGAGGUGGAGAUUCCAGAGAAGGUGGACACUAUCAUCUCUGAACCUAUGGGCUACAUGUUGUUCAAUGAGAGGAUGCUGGAGUCCUACCUGCAUGCUAAAAAGUGGUUAAAGCAGGAUGGUCGGAUGUUCCCUACCCAAGGUGACCUUCACAUAGCACCAUUUACAGAUGAGGCAUUAUACAUGGAACAGUAUCAGAAGGCAAAUUUUUGGUACCAAGAGUCAUUUCAUGGAGUCAAUUUGACAUCUUUGCGAAAUGCUGCAGUUUUGGAAUAUUUUAAACAGCCUAUUGUCGAUACCUUUGACGUGCGCAUCUGUAUGGCCAAAUCGAACAAAUACGUUAUAGACUUCCAGUCGGCCGACGAGACAGAUCUGCAUGUGAUGGACAUACCUCUGUCGUUUACAGUCAUGCAGUCGGGCAUGGUCCAUGGGCUGGCGUUUUGGUUUGACUGUGGGUUUCUGGGCUCAGAUUACUCUGUGUGGUUAAGCACAGCACCCACAGAGCCGCUGACCCACUGGUACCAAGUGCGAUGUCUUGUCCAGACCCCAGUCCUGGUCAAACAAGGACAGACCCUGACCGGCCGAGUCAAGCUGAGCAGUAACACCAGGCAAAGCUAUGACGUUGAUAUCGAGCUGAACUUCCCAGGCAGUACAAACAAGUCUGUGAAUAGUUUGGAUCUGAAGAAUCCAUUUUUCCGCUACACGGGAUCCGCGCCCGCCCCACCCCCAGGCAGCAACCAGACGUCUGCCACAGACACGUAUUGGAACAGCCUUUUAGCUUCAGGAGAACCCGUACAGCAACAACCUCAGUCAUACGUCAAUGGAUAUGUCAACAACAUUGUGGACGUCGGCCAGAUGUUGGUUCAGCAGCAGCCUCAAUAUAUACAGCAGCAAGGGGUUGUCCAGGGAAAUCUCAUUACCAUGUCCCAGACAGCGCCCAUAAACCCGGGUAGCAUUCCCAGUGUGUGCAUCGUCACGUCCAAUGCCCAUGCACAUCGCACGUCUGUGGGUGCGGGCAUCAGUCCAAUCAGCUUCUCCCAGCCCCAGAAUGUGAUCACAGGUAUGUCCAAUUUCCCCGUCAGUAACCAGCUGAUGAUCGGGGAUUAUGUCAUGCCUGGCAACCUGAUCAUCCCUUCAUAA